AUGGCAGAAUUUAGACAUCCAAAAAGUCUCUUGGGUGAGAUGCUAGCCACCAGAGGUCAAGCUCUUCCAGUUUACAAUACUGUACCGGUUGGUUCAAUGUUUGUGUGUACAGUAACAUUCAAUGGAGCCUCUUUUAAAUCUUCACCGAAAUUAAACAAGAAAGAGGCAGAGAAAGAAGCAGCUGCUCUCGGCGUUUCAGCAUUUCAGGACAACAUCAGAGGUCCGACCGCGAAUCGUGAGGCGUUACCCGAUGGAGCCGAGAACGAAAAAGAGGAGCAGGCCAAUGAGAAGGUCGAGGAGCAAUUCAAUCAACAAGAUUUGGAAGCAUUGCUUGGCAGUUUGUCGUUGGGUAACAACGUUGACGGCAAACUCACAGUCAAAUCAGAGAACAAAAGGUUUGGAGGAGAGUUUACAUUUUACAAUGAACAUCUCAAGAGGAUGGAUACCGUUUCAGUUGAAGCUAAACUUUAUACCAAGGCAUCAGUUGCCAUUUAUCUUCAGAAUGAGAUGCUUAUUAAGCUGAGUGGCGAUCAAAAGGCAUACAGUGUUGGUAGAUUCAAUCCAGAGGCAGUGACUACACCAGUCCAAAGAAAUUUCAAAGACGCAGAUAUUCCACUUACUCCGCAUCAACCUAGGGAGUACCAAAAGUAUUUUUACAAGAAAGCAAUGGAGGAUAACAUUAUUUGUUGCAUUCCAACCGGUCUUGGAAAGACACAGAUUGCAGCAAUGGUAAUCUGUAAAAUGAAGCAAAUGAAUCCGAAAAAGCGUAUUCUCUUUCUUGUUGAGAGAAUUCCUUUGGUUCUUCAACAGGAGAAAUAUAUACGUGAGCAAACUGGACUGAAUGUAUUGGGUGUGCAUGGCGACAUGUCGAUCGAUGCCAAACUGAACGAUCAUCACGAUGUUCUGGUAAGCAUUUCAGCUUUGUUCCUCAAUCUUCUGAGAGACAACAAGGGUGUAAUGGAACAAUAUUCACUCAUUGUAUUUGAUGAGGCUCAUCACAUCGUCAAAGAUCAUUCCUUUUCCAUGUUACUUAAGAAACACUAUAAAGAUAUGGAGGAUGAUGUUAAACCAAAAGUCAUGGGACUAACUGCAUCACCAGCCGGCAAAUCCAGCUGGAUAGACACUUUUAUUUCCCUCAAGGUGAUGUCGUGUAUCUCUGGCUGCCGUAUCAUCUCACCGGAUGCCGAGACUCAAGCCGAUAUCGAAGAGCACAGGAAUACUGCGGAAUUACAACUAGUAGAGCUCCAACAACAUCCUAAAGAAAAAUAUUUAAUUAAUGCAAUCAAUUGCAUUACCAAACACUUUGCAUCCAGUUUGGUACCAACAAAGAAAGAAUACCAGUACGAAGAUAUUCAAGAGCUUUUGGUAAAGUUGGAAAACACCGACAAUGAAUAUGAACAGCUAUUGUUGAACGUUGCAAACAAAUGCUACGACUUGGUAACAUACGGUAACGAUCCAAAGGAUGCAGCCCAUCCAACAGUAGACUACAAACAAAUACUUAUCAAUCGAUUCGAAGCCACCAACAUUCCAAAAGAGAAAAAACAAAGGUUGUUUGAAGAUCUCAGAGCAAUUCCUAAGGAGUUUGACGAUGACGACACUACCAACAUAUGCAAGCUGGAUAUUGCACUGAAUAUUUUGGAGGAGAAGAAUCAGACAGAUCCAGCAUUCAAAGCUAUACUGUUUGUAAAAACUCGACAAUCUGCAGAGCAACUGGUUAAAGUUCUCACUACACGCGCAAAAGAAGAGAGAUACAAAUUCUUGAAGCCAGGAAAAGUAUCUGGACAUGGAUCAACCAAGUCAGGUGGACAGUCCACCGCAAGCCAGAAAGACAUCGUAGAGAAGUUCCGAAGUGGACAACACAAUGUAAUCGUGGCCACUGCAGUCCUAGAGGAGGGCUUAGAUGUUCCAGAAUGUAACGUUGUCAUUAGAAUCGAUUCGCCAGCAACAGUCACCGCUUACACUCAGAGUCGUGGUCGUCUCAGAAGCAAGAAAUCAGAGUUCUACGCAAUUCUAAAGGAUUUCGAAUCGAAUAUCUAUGCCAAUCUCAUGAAACAAGAGUUCUACAUCAAGGAAGCCAUCGAGUAUUUGAGUGAUGAGAAUACAGGAUUGCCAGAAUCUUACAAUCAAAUCCUAAUUAAUUCAGUCUAUCCAAAGUUUGACUUUGAAGAGCUACUCUCCAAGUGUAGGGUAUACUUCCAAUUAGAUACCAAAUUUGAAACCAAGCACGUAGGUGGACCACCACAUCAGCCGGAAUUCAUAUGUGAUCUCUAUCUCAAUAACGAGUUAAAGGAGACAUGCAAAGGUAGCAGUAAAAAAGAUGCAGAAGACAAAGUAUCUAGACAAGCACUGGCCAAUGGAUUAAUUCCAAUGAUAAUAAGAGAUAAAGAUAUGAAGCUAAAGACUAUAAAUAAAUAA